AUGUCUUAUUCGCAAAACGAUAACGGAGAGUCACCUCAGACUCCAGUGGAAGAAGGUGUCAACUCGUUCGAUGGUACCCCUUACUUCAAGUACCAUCAUUUGAAGUCGAUUGAAAACAAUGAUAGCAAGUACCUGUGCCAGAGCUAUUCAACCUCGCCCAACCAAGAUCCAGCACGCCCGCAACCGUCGGAAUCCACUGCAGGUGUUGCCGCGCAGGCCGUAGAUAACACCCUCACUCAAAGCGCAGAUCCUAAAGCGCACUCGGAAUCCCAAGACGAUGCCAUUACCAGUGAAUUGAAACAGCUGUACAGCCAGUUCCAGGGCUGUCUUGACUUGCGUGAAAAGUACAUGCUUUGCUCUUUGCAGACGUUGAUGGACGAUCCUAAAAACAAGGACGAUUGGGAAAUCUAUCCACCUCCCCCACCAAGAUCGUGGCCUGUUCCGUCCCCGGAAGAACUGGCGCACCGCAAGCAAAUCGAAAAGCAGCGUGAACAUGAUCCGGUAGCCGCAGUAGGCAGUGAUUUUGAAUUUGAAAAGUGCAAAAUUCCUGGAAAGGACAAUUUCGUUUACGGUAUGAGCGCUGAAGGUUUCUUCCAAGUCUACAAGGAUGAAGCGGAUCGUGAUGCCGAUAACCCACUUUGGGAUAUUCCUAGCCGCAAGGAAUUCUACGAAGAUAUGGAUUACGUGUUAUCGAUGAUCAGCGAUGGUCCUGCCAAGAGUUUCGCUUUCAGACGAUUGCGUUAUCUGGACAGCAAAUGGCAGAUGUAUAUUUUGCUGAAUGAAUUCCAGGAACUGGCGGAUUCCAAGCGGGUCCCGCACAGAGACUUUUACAAUGUCCGUAAAGUCGAUACUCACGUGCACCAUUCAAGCUGUAUGAACCAAAAGCAUCUGUUGCGUUUCAUCAAAUCCAAAAUGAAGAAGUCUCCCGAUGAUGUUGUAAUCUAUCGUGAUGAUCAACAUUUGACGUUGAAAGGUGUAUUUGAGAGCUUGAACUUGACGGCUUACGAUCUUAGCAUUGAUACAUUGGACAUGCAUGCUCAUAAAGAUUCGUUCCAUCGUUUUGAUAAAUUCAAUCUCAAAUAUAACCCUAUUGGCGAAUCGCGUCUCAGAGAAAUCUUCAUGAAGACGGACAACUUCAUCCAUGGAAGAUAUUUGGCCGAAAUCACCAAAGAGGUCGUAUCUGACCUUGAAUCGUCCAAGUACCAGAUGGUGGAAUACAGAGUUUCCAUUUACGGAAGAAACAAGAACGAAUGGGACAAGCUUGCCAAGUGGGUCGUCAACAACAAGUUAUUCUCGCCCAAUGUGCGUUGGUUAAUCCAAAUUCCACGUUUGUACAACGUUUACCGUUCCUCAGGCAUUAUUGACAGUUUCGAAGAUGUUGUCCGCAAUGUCUAUGAGCCACUCUUUGAAGUCACUCAAGAUCCCUCUAGCCACCCUGAAUUGCAUGUCUUCUUGCAACGAGUGAUUGGCUUUGAUUCCGUCGAUGACGAAUCCAAGCCGGAAAGACGCACGUUCAAGAAAUAUCCUGUUCCUAAGGAAUGGACUUACUCAUCCAAUCCUCCUUAUACUUACUAUCUGUACUACUCUUAUUCCAACAUGGCGGCACUGAAUCAUUGGCGUGCUGCUAGAGGCUUCAAUACUUUUGUGUUAAGACCUCACUGUGGUGAAGCUGGCGAUACCGAUCACUUGACAGCUGCCUUCCUUACAUCCCACGGUAUCAGUCACGGUAUCCUUCUUCGUAAGGUCCCCGCUCUUCAGUAUUUGUAUUAUCUUGCUCAGGUCGGCAUUGCCAUGUCGCCUCUUUCCAACAAUGCUCUGUUCCUGACCUAUGAGCGCAAUCCCUUGCCGCAAUUCUUCCAACGAGGUCUCAAUAUCUCGCUGUCCACCGAUGAUCCCUUGCAGUUCCAUUUCACCAAAGAACCCUUGAUUGAAGAAUACAGCGUUGCCGCUCAGAUUUGGAAACUUUCUUCUACCGACAUGUGUGAGCUGGCUCGUAACUCCGUGAUCCAGAGUGGUUGGGAAAACAAGAUCAAGAAGCACUGGAUCGGCCAUGAAUGGUACAAACCUGGCGUGGCGGGCAAUGACAUGCAAAAGACGAAUGUUCCCAAUAUCCGUGUGCAGUUCCGUCACGAAACCUUAUUGGAGGAACUCAAUGCUUUGCGUCGAUACGCUCCUUGCAAAGACGGUAAAGUUCAGCCUCCUUUGACAAAGCACGACAUGGUGGGCUCCGUGGGACUUGCGCAAUCGGCAGGCAUUCAACACCACUUGUUCCACUCCAGAGAACAGCAACCUACCGAAUCUCCCACAGCCAAAUUGACCACCUUCCCCGGUGCAGCUCUUGCUGCUGAACGUGCUAAAAGACGUGGCAAUAGCAGCAAACAAUAA